GACACUUUAGGCCAGUGGCCGGUGGGUAUUUGUUUCUUGCAUAAAAGAGGGUCCUAUUAGGAGCCAGGCUCAACACUGGCACCUUUCACCACCUUCCACUCAUGAAAGCAAAAAGCAGGGGAUUCUCUCCUCAAGCAGCAAAGAUCUGUCCAGCGAACCAGAUGCCGAUGCGCAGUCACUGAUGACUGCUUGCCAACACUGGCCUCUUAAAGAGGCCGAAUGCCUCUCCUGAUGCACUCCGUCAGCUGGAUGGAUUGGAAGACUGACUCUUUGAACUCAUCCCUUCUGAAUUGGACCAUCAUGUUGCUCUAACGCUUGGUUGAGGUUCCCACAAGCGAAAGAAACUGGGCACAACUUCUUAACAGGAGUAAAGAACCAGAAGGGGCUUAAGAGACGGUCUAGUUCAGAUUUUACGGCCAAAGUCGUCUCUGAUAAGGAGUGACUCCUGCUUUCUUGGCAUGAAGGCUAAGGCAGAGGCUAUGAGAGAACUGAGUAUCAAUGUAGGAUAUUGGCUGGUUUGCUGCGCAUGGCUUUUAACAAUUGGACCACUUAAUGGUAUUGAGGGUGGGUGUGGCAAUCGGGAGGUCCACAAAUGCUGCCCAGGUCGGAAUAAUGACUGCUUGGAUUUCUCUUGGAGGAGAAUGCCAUGCUACUGCGACAACUACUGUGAGAAAACGGGAGACUGUUGUGAAGAUUAUCAUGCCAUCUGCCAAGUGUCGGCAGCUGUCGAUUGUGUGGUCGGCCCUUGGGGACCCUGGAGUGAGUGCAGUUCCUUGUGUGGGACUGGGAGCAAAGACCGGAUGCGACAGGUCAUCGUGCCACCUCGGAAUGGAGGAGCCCCCUGCCCGGAUCUAAAGCAGAGGAGAGGGUGCCUCGGGGACAGCCCAUUAUGUGAAACUGCAAAAGAGGUGGCUAAGAUUCUGCCUAAUUCUUUCAAAAGGGACUUUAAGGACCCCUGGAGAAGACCUCACAUGCUGAUGAGGGAAAAAAUGCCAAGUUACUGUAUCUACUUCCGUCUGAAGCAGGUGGGAGCAGCCUGCAACCUGCAUUUCUGGAGCAGCCAGCUGGUGAGAGAAAGGCGUGUCUGCGUAGAGUGCCAAGGGGAUGCUGUGGGAAGCAAGAAAAGAUGUCAAGGAGACGGUCUGCAGGGAAUCAGAACCUUUUGGACUGCUGCUUCAGUUGCUGGUUGCCAGGGCUCCUGGGCACAGGAGUCUUCACAGGAAAACUGCGCGUGUCCUCAGCAUUUCUUCAUCUUUGUAUGAUGUUCUGUGAAGCUGAGGGACAGUUUUAAGAAAAAGAGAGAGAGAAAUAUCAGAUUCAGCUGCCUUUCUAAAGAACAAGCUGAAGACAUGAAGGGAGAUACCAAAUGCAAUUUUCAUGCCAAUUUUUACCUCAACAUCGCCACAGUUAUUAUAAUUAUAAACCUGCAUUUUUUAUAUUGUU